AUGGGCCACGGCGUCCUGCUCGCGCUACUCGUCGGCGGCGUUAGCGUCUCCUACUACAUCAUCCAGCUGCGUGCCCGCAUGCGAUUGCUGCACGACGAAGCGGCGAAGAAGGAGACGCAGCGCCAGGAAGAGCGCGCCGGGCGCACCUCGGCUGAGAAGGAGCUCAGGGCGUUGCUGCAAGCCAAGCUCGACGUCUCGGCAGGCUACUACAUCCAGCCGAUCGCAACGCUGCGCUCUGUCUUCCACCAGUGCAUUGGCACGCCGCGCCAAGGGUACUUGGCGCCAGCCACGUGCGCGCACGUCGAGUGCCACAAGAGCAUCUCGCCCGAGGCGCUCGACGGCCUCGAGGCGUUUAGCCACGUCUGGCUCACCUUUGUCUUCCAUUGCAACACGAACGGGAAGAACGCGCGGGCGCAUACUGGCUUGCGCACGGAAGCGGGGACGGCCCACACGUUUCGCGCCAAGGUGAGUCCGCCCAUGCUCAAGCAGCGCAUGGGCAUCUUCGCCACGCGGACGCCGCAUCGACCCAACCCGAUUGGCAUCACGCUCGCCAAGAUCGAGCGCGUCGACAAGGCCGCACGCACGGUCGUCGUCUCGGGCAUCGACCUCGUCGAUGGCACGCCCAUCGUCGACCUCAAGCCAUACGUCCCCGCCUACGACUGCAUGGAGCCCACCGACGUGGCCGUUGCGCCGUGGAUCGCGGCGACAGUGUCGACGCAGCGAUCGGUCGCGUGGGUGCCCGAGGCCAAGGCUACCGUGCUGCGCCUCUCGCGCCCGAGCCGGUUCUACGCGAACGACACUGCCCGCCUCUGCGACGCCAUCACGCAGGUGCUCGCCGUCGACGUGCGCAGCGUCGAGCAGACGAGAAAGAUGGCGUCGCGCGUGAACCACCUUGCGUUUGACGACCUGGACGUACAGUACGAAGUCCAGGACACCCACCCACAAGUGCGUGUCGUCGGCGUGGGCCGGCGCUGA